AUGCGAGCGAGAGGAAAGAACGACGACUACACUAGUACUUCUUUAGACCUCACCUCGCGAUCGAAAACCAUCCUCCGCGCGUUCGAUCGGUUACAAAACGAACCCGUUUUGAGCGCAAAAUUUGCCAAAAUUGGAACCGCGUUUAAGGGCGAGAAAACGAUCAACGUGCUCCUUUUAGGCUGCGAUCGACGCGAAGGCAUAAACGACGGGGAAACUAAACGGAUAUUUAAGGAUUUGGGCAAAGAACGCGGCGUAAAUUUGAGCUUGUUUGGACCGAAUUUAGUUUUCGGUGAUGAUGAUGAGAAUUUGACAAGCAGAGGGAGGAGCAACGAGAGCGAAAGCGAAGACGACGAUGAAAAUGAAAAUGAUGAGGAGGAGAAGACAAAGGGAAAAGCGGCGCGAAUAAACGUCGUCGAACGCGAGCGGUGUUUAUUUCACGAGAGAAACAGAGAAAAGGACGAAAUAGAAUACGAUGUGGCGUUUGCGUUCAACGCCGGCGUUUGGGGGUACGAUUCCUGGUUGGAGAGCUUUAAAUACGCGUUGAAAAGAUACCCGAACGCGCCGAUAAUCGUCUCGGCGUAUUCGAUGAAAGAGUGCGAGUUGGACGAAGACUGCGUGAGAGAGGAGUUUGGGGAAGACGAGAUUAAGCGAGGAGAAUGGCAGGGAGAAUAG